ACACAAAAUCAACCUAACAUAUUUUCAAUUUUCAUUAAUUUUUUUCCGUGUGAUAAAUUGUAUAUAAGAAAGUGCUCCAGAUGUUAUCAAUAAAACGUUUGCCCGCACUGUCUCCCUCGAGAAUUCAGUCGAAUCUUCAUUUUCAGUUGAAAAAUGGUUUAAUUGAGCGACAAAUAAGUAAACACUACCACUCGAAUUUAUUAAGUUUAUGUAAAUCGGUAUCUGCUUUGCAUAGUUUAACAAGAAAAUCGCGACAUCCCCAAUUACAACAUUUCAAUGCAGAAUUUAAAGCUGCGUGCAGUCUACUCCAACGCUCCGACUUACCUGGUUUAAAUUUGUUUCAUAAUAACUCAAAUAUAAGAAAUUUACAUACAAGCUCUACAUAUUACAAUCAAAAUGAAAAUAAGGAUAAGGAUGGUAAUAAGAAAAAAGAGAAUGAAGAGCCAAAUAUACCGUCCUUGUUAAUUAAAGCAGCAUUUUGGAUGUUGAUGACUUUUACUCUGAUAGCGCUGAGUUCAUACCUGGUGCCAGGUGACAACACACAGGGUGAAAUGAUCAGAUAUGUGUCUUGGAAUGAAUUCAUUUAUUCCAUGCUUUCAAAGGGCGAGGUGGAAGAAAUAAUUGUGCGACCGGACUUGGAAAUUGUCACUAUUAUUUUGUAUGAGGGAGCUGUUAUAAAAGGAAAGAGGGCAAACCAUCGAGUCUAUCAUAUGAAUGUCGGCAAUAUACAACGCUUUGAGGAAAAACUUCGCGAGACUGAAUCGAGCUUAGGCGUCAAAGAGGGCGUACGCGUCAUAUACGACCGAAAUGGUAGUGUAGCGGGGAAAAUCUUCACUACUCUUCUCAUCGCUGCCGUCAUACUCUCCUUCCUGUAUUCUACCAAGUCGAUGAAGAUGAACAUCAACUUAGGCGGAUUUAGUCAAUUGAGAAGGGCAAAGUUCACACUAGUGGAUUCUAUGAGUGGACAGGGCAAAGGAGUCAAGUUCCAAGACGUGGCCGGCCUUAAGGAGGCAAAGAUUGAAGUUAUGGAGUUCGUAGAUUAUCUGAAGAGACCAGAGCAUUACAAAAGUUUGGGAGCGAAGGUACCUAAAGGUGCAUUGUUGCUGGGACCUCCGGGUUGCGGGAAGACCAUGCUGGCAAAAGCUGUAGCUACCGAAUCUAAUGUACCGUUCCUGUCCAUGAACGGAUCGGAGUUUAUCGAGAUGAUCGGUGGCCUAGGAGCCGCAAGGGUAAGAGAUCUCUUCAAAGAAGCCAGUGCUCGAGCACCCUGUAUAAUCUAUAUAGACGAGAUGGACGCAGUGGGCAGAGCAAGAUCCUCGGGGGCGUCAUCAUGGGGUCCAGGGGGCGGUGAAGGGGAGCAGACCCUGAACCAGUUGCUAGUUGAAAUGGAUGGAAUGAAGAGUCGCGAAGGCGUUGUGGUGUUAGCAUCGACCAACAGAGCUGAUGUUUUGGACAAGGCGUUACUUCGGCCCGGUCGUUUUGACAGGCACAUUCUGAUUGAUCUGCCGACAUUGCAAGAGCGGGAGGAGAUUUUCGAGAGGCAUCUCAAAAGUAUCGUACUGGAGCCUUUGCAACAGCAUUACGUUAAACGGCUCGCAUACCUAACUCCGGGAUUCAGCGGAGCGGACAUCGCGAAUGUUUGCAACGAGGCAGCGUUACAUGCUGCUCGUCACAAGCAGAACAUUGUCAAAGCGACCGACUUAGAAUACGCCGUCGAGAGAGUUGUUGGUGGUACGGAAAAACGCAGCCACGCAAUGUCACCAGGGGAAAAGAAGAUUGUAGCGUUUCAUGAAUCUGGCCAUGCGCUAGUAGGCUGGCUUCUAGAACACACCGACGCCCUCCUCAAGGUCACAAUUGUGCCCCGGACCAACAAGGCGCUUGGAUUCGCCCAAUAUACCACUUCCGAUCAGAAGUUGUAUUCCAAAGAGGAGCUUUUCGACCGCAUGUGUAUGGCGCUAGGAGGGAGAGCAGCUGAAGCUAUCACUUUCAACUCGAUAACCAGCGGUGCCCAGAACGACCUGGAGAAAGUCACCAAAAUUGCGUAUGCGGAGGUGCGAGUUUUCGGCAUGUCACCAACAGUUGGACUGCUGUCAUUCCCAGAUAUAAAAGAUCGAGAGAAGUCUCCCUUUAGUAAAGCGCUCAAAAACCUGAUAGACAUGGAGGCGAAGAAACUGAUCGCUGAUGCUUACUUCCGCACCGAGGAUAUAUUGAGAAAGAACCAGGACAAGCUUAAAGCGCUUGCUGAAGAAUUAAUAAAGAAAGAGACACUCAACUUCAAAGACGUCGAAGGUAUAUUGGGCCCGCCGCCGUUCCCCAGGAAGAAGUUCAUCGACCCCGUGGAGUUCGAGAGUAAUUUGAGAAGUAUGGAAAAUGCAGCGAAUUCCGACGACAACGGCGAGAUCGGCGCUCCCUCCGCCAAACCAGACACUACAUCCUCUGUCUAAAUACUAACGCUUUUAGUAUUAUUAUUGCUAUUAUAAGUGAACUAGUCUAGCUAAAAUAUAAAAUCAGUUGUUA